CAAGCCCUGUGAAUCUGGGAUGGACAAACCCCCUGGAAGGUUGAACUCCGUGUCUGUGCCGGGACAUCAAUAACAGACUGAACUUUUCCCUCGCUAGGAAAUGAAUCCCUGUGGAGGCAACACCAAAAAGGAGCCUCAGACCCUCUAGGAGACACCUGAGGAGGAGCUGUUGGAGGAGAGACACAAACUAACUCCACGGGCCUGUAGUCCCUUACCCUUACUAACAAAUGUCAACAACUAGGGAGCAGCCAAUCUUCAGCACCAGGGCCCACGUUUUCCAGAUCGACCCGGCCACCAAACGGAACUGGAUCCCGGCCAGCAAGCACGCCCUGACCGUCUCCUACUUCUACGAUGCCACGCGCAACGUCUACCGGAUCAUCAGCGUGGGGGGCACCAAGGCAAUCAUCAACAGCACCAUCACCCCCAACAUGACCUUCACCAAGACAUCCCAGAAAUUCGGGCAAUGGGCCGACAGCCGAGCCAACACCGUGUACGGGCUGGGCUUUGCCUCGGAGCAGCACCUCUCCCAGUUUGCAGAGAAGUUCCAGGAGGUGAAGGAAGCGGCUCGUUUGGCCAGGGAGAAGUCCCAGGAUAAGACAGAGCUGACCAACCCUGCCCUGAGCCUCACAUCUCACCAGGUGCUUCCCAGCCCCAUCAUCAGCUCCAACGGGCCGGGAGAGGACAAACUGUUCCGGAGCCAGAGUGCUGACGUGGAGAUCACGACGGAGAAGGAGCGGCUGAAGAAGAUGCUCUCGGAAGGCCUCUGUGGUGGAGGUGGCAGUGGGAGGGCCGCUGAGUUCUUUCAGCCUCCAGGACAACAAAACAAACAAGCUGGUGGCCUGCUCUGCCCACGAGGCCAAUGCAACAAGUGGAACAGUGGGAAGAAGCAGCUUCAGGCGUACCAGGAGGAGAAACGGAAAGACGCCGCGGCAGCGGUGGCGGAGCUGGAGUCGCAGGGCACUCACGACUCCUCCAGCGACAACAACAAGGAGGAGCUGAGCCAAACCCUGGAGGAGCUGGAGCUGCUCAUCAAGGCUAAGGAUGAGGAGAUCCAGAUGCUGAAGAGCCAGAAGUGUGGCCGCUGGGAAGCAGAGGGGGAGCGGGAGGAGACGCUGCAGAAGCUGCAGGUGAAGAACCUGCCUUGGAACCCACUGAUCAUCCAGGAAAACAGGGCCCUGCUCUCCCAGCCAGGACUCUGCUAUCCCUGUGGAUAA